GCGACAACAGAGAGGCCGAAUGCGGUGGCGGCUGACAGCAAAGUGACCCUUGAUGCAGGCAGAUUGGAGGAGGAGCUUGAACCAACCUCACCCUUAGGCACAGAGGCAGCACCAGCCUCAUGCCAAGCGCAGGAGCAGGAGGAGUCAAGUGACAUAACCUCCACUAGCUCUAGCUCCGGAAGUUCUGAUGAAGGUGAUGUUGCGCAGCAGGCGUGUUGGAUCCCGGGCCCAGUUUGGCGCAACAUUCGGAGUCAUGUAGUUCACCGAUGUUCCUCCUUCAAGAAGCAGACAUUGUGUGGUCGACUGAUAGAUGAUGCUCAUUUUGAAUAUAUGGCGGAGGGCUGCUCAACCAUCAAUGCACGUUGCAGAGGGUCCAGUGUCGAAGGUCUUGUAGAGGCACUUGACCAAAGCAGGUUGGAGCGCCAGAGGGCGAAGUGA